AUGUUGGUUGGUGGCGGGGUGCCGGUGGCCCUCCUCGCCAAGCUGGCCAAGAUGCUCACCGACGAAUACAAGCUGCACAAGAGCGCCAAGGAGGGGAUCCAGUACAUCCGGGAUGAGCUGGAGAACAUGCAAGCUGCCCUUGAGAAGGUGUCGGAGGUGCCACCGGAUCUGCUUGACAAACAGGUUCAGAUCUGGGCGAGGAACGUGAGGAAGAUGUCAUACAACAUCGAGGACACCAUCGAUUCCUUCAUGGUAGUCGUUGAUGCUGCUGUUGGCGAGUCUAGGUCUGGAUCCUCCACUACGUGCUGCUGUGUGAGUGCCAAAUCAUCCCUGCUGCCACGGACAUAUAAGGCCCGGGGCGACAUCGCCGUCGAGAUCGAGCGCAUCAAAAAGGAGGUUGAGGAGGUGAGCAAGCGUCGUGAGAGGUAUAGAGUUGACAGUUUUGCGGCCCCAGCUCCGCCGUCAGAUCCCCGCUUGCUGGCACUGUACGAAGACGAAGCAAAGCUUGUUGGCAUUGGCCGCUCGAGGGAAGAGAUCAUAAAGUUGCUACCUAUGCAAGAUGAAGAGCAAUACGAUUGCACGGCCUUUGUUUUGGUUUCUCUUCAUCCUCAUGUGAAGAAUAUCCUCAGCAGCAUACUUCGUCAAGUCAGCAGCAACAUCGUAGAUGAUGACCCGGAGGACAAGGACAAGGAUAAGAGAUUACAUCAUCAAGAAAGCCAAAAACAUUAUAGAAACAUUGCGACGUGGACUGAAAAGGAGAUCAUCGACAAAAUCAGACAUGCUCUUGAGAAAAGGAGGUAUGUUGCUAUAUAUCUUAUUAUACCAAAGCUCUACCAUUAA